GAACCACAAUGGCAUCAGUAGAAAGGAGAGGGAAAGGAAGUGAAGUGGGGUUCUUUUUCUUUCUUUGAGAGGGGGAGAGAAGAAAAGCCCCUGCUCUUUCUCCUCUUGAGCUCAUCUUCUGCCUUCUUGCUAGUUUUAAGGACUGUUCUUGUUUUGAGGUAGAGAGAUGGCAGGCCAUCAUUCAUUGGAUUGGGCCUUCAUCAUUGGAGUCCUAGGAAAUGUCAUCUCCUUCCUGGUCUAUCUUGCUCCAGUGCCUACAUUCUAUAAGGUAUAUCGAAAGAGAUCGACGGGAGGAUUCCAAUCAGUGCCUUAUCUGGUUGCAUUGUUCAGUGCCAUGCUGUGGAUCUUCUAUGCAUUUGUCAAGACUAAUUCCGUCCUACUAGUUACCAUUAAUUUGAUAGGCUGUGCCAUUGAGACCAUCUACAUUGUGAUGUACCUUGCCUACGCUCCAAGACCUGCUAGGAUCUUCACCGCAAAAAUAAUCUUGCUCUUGAAUGUGGGACUUUUUUCUUUGAUCCUUCUCUCCACUCUCCUGCUGCCGAAAGGCUCCAAUCGCCUGAAAGUUCUUGGCUGGAUCUGCAUGUGCUUCUCUGCUUCCGUCUUCGCCGCUCCUUUGAGCAUCAUUAGGCAAGUUAUUCGCACAAGGAGUGUAGAAUACAUGCCAUUCAUGCUGUCAUUCUUCCUCACCAUAAGUGCAGUGGUAUGGUUCUUCUAUGGUCUACUUACUAAAGACCCAUAUGUCAUGUUUCCAAACGUUUUGGGAUUCACCUUCGGGGUGGUACAGAUGGUGCUCUACGUGAUCUACAAGUACAUGGUCAGGAAGGUGGUGGUAGAGCCCGCGGUGGCCAAGGACGUACUCGUCAUCAACUUAGAAAAGGCUGGAGUGGAGCUGCAGGUGACCGCAGAGGAGAUCGGUGACGGUGAGAGAGAGUUGAAGGCAAAUGAAGGGACCAAUGGUGGCAAAAAGGGGAAGAUGGGAGAGGAGGAGGGGCUUGAGAUAAGCCCGGCGUGAUACUUGGUAGUGGCCGGAGCAAUGAUGGAGUGUGAUGGAGUGUGACUCCCUUUGGCAGUGAGGCACUUCACACAUGGUUUCACUUCAUUGGAGACUUUAUAACAUCCUUCUAUAUAGUUUGCUGCGCAGAGAGGGGAAGUGGGGUGGGAGAAGUGGAAGCCAAUCUUUCAGUUCUCUCAUCACCCCUUGUACACCCCCUCCAUCUCUAGUUUAUUAGGUUCUAGUCAAGAGUGAUGUGCUAAGGUGCAUGCUCUUACAUAUGUGCUUGGGGAAAAAAGGUGUGCUCUUAAGCUAUUGCCGUUAAAAGCCAAAAAAAGCUUGAAGCUUUUAUAUCCAUCUCUUUUGGCAUUAACCAAGUAAUUUUACAUCAAAGACUUGUUUUAUGCAAAA